GAGCGGCUGCUUUUACACCAAACUGUGCUGCUUCACCGUCACUUGCCAGGAACCUUCCAGACCGUUGUAGUUCCUGCCGAACGUUGUUUUAAUGUGCACCUCUCAUCAAAGAUGGCUGCGCCCUGUGACUGCUGUGGCACAGAAGGUUAAAGGCGCUAUGGUUGUGAUGAUCUGGGAAUGAUGGGCUUAUAUACCCGGCCAUGGAGAUCGCUGUCCCGGCUGGAACAUGUCUGUCCCUCCAGGAGCUGUAUAUGGGGGGCACAUAAUGCGAACGGACGUGUGACAAGCGGACCGGAGGAGAGGACUGUACCACCACCUGUCAUAGGGGGGAACAGUACACAGCUGCUGGGGAAGAGGUACAGAGAAGAACGGGUAACGUCUUGCAGAACGACGGGUGUGGGGAGAUGUGCCCGGGACAAGUCCGGCCACCAGACCCGAGCACUGAGCUCCAGCACACAGAGACUUCACCCCCCGCCCUGGAGAGAUUAUGGACGCGUCUUGAGGUGCGCAGGUUAUAGCUCCGGCCCCGGACUGUCAAUCAAGUCUAGGACACGCCCCCCUUGGAACAUCAUGUUCUUUGGAACUGAUGAGUUUGCACUGGAAUGUGUAAAGAGCCUGAACAAGUGCAGCAAAGCCCAAGAAGGAGUAGUUGGAAGACUAGAGGUGGUAUCACUGCCCUCCUCAUUGCCAAAAGGCCUUCCAGUGGCAAAGUACGCUACAGGUGAAGGGAUCCCGUUCCAUCAAUGGCCUGACAUCGGGCCUUGUGACCAGUUUGAUGUUGGCGUGGUGGCAUCAUUUGGGCGACUCCUCAGUGAAGACCUCAUUUUAAAGUUUCCAUACGGCAUCCUGAAUGUACACCCCAGCCUACUUCCCAGAUGGCGCGGCCCGGCUCCUUUAAUCCAUACGGUGCUCAAUGGAGAUAAGAAGACUGGAGUCACCAUAAUGCAGAUUAGACCGAAGAGGUUUGAUGUGGGACCUAUAGUGAUGCAGGAAACCUCUCUCGUUCCUCCCAAAUGCACCUCUAAGGAGCUGGAAGCUGUGCUGUCCAAGCAGGGGGCCGAAAUGCUUAUAUCUGCUUUGAAAGAUUUACCCGAACGACUUAGAAAUGCGACAGAACAACCAAAAGAGGGGGCAACAUUUGCGCCCAAGAUAAAUGCUGCUAUGAGCUGUAUCAAGUGGGCAGAACAAACCCCAGAACAGAUUGUUCGUCUAGAACGUGCCAUUGGAUUUGUGAUGCCACUUCAGACCUUGUGGAUGGGGGCACCUAUUAAACUACUUGACUUUGUAGAAGUUCCAGGUUCCAUAAUCACCUCUGGUUUUCCCAGAUUGCCAGGCUCUAUUCACUAUCUUUCUGUGCCACAAAUUAUGGUGGUACGCUGUAAGGAUGGCUGGGUGGGUGUCAGGACUGUAAAACUAAGGAAGAAGCUGUCUGCUAAGGACUUUUAUAAUGGUUACCUCCACCCCUGGUUUGUGAAGAAAUCUGAAAUUCCACUGGAGGAGUGCCACUUCAGCACGCUUCAUCUUCCACCAAAAUCUAAGACUCUAAAGCAACAAUCUGCUAGGAAUAUGGGGUGCUAGCACAGCAAGGGAUGAAUGGUGAAACUACUGUAUACAAACAUCGAUGUUACAGUACAUUAGAGAAAUGGGCAUAACACAAUUUUGUAUAAUAAAGACUGAAAAUAUGGACAAGAUAUAUAAAUCCUAUUACUUUCCAAAGGUGUUUUUUUGGGCUAAAAAUAAAACAGCUAAAUGAAUACUCAUGUCUUUCAGAAUUGUAAAAAAAAAUCUGCUUUAUUUACUUUGUACUUAAAAUAAAAUGUUUCUUUUAAAAUAAUGCAAAAGCAUUCUUCAAUACAAGUAAUAGGUUCUCAGUCGGUCAGAGACCAAUCACAGCUCUUAUAGUGAAAGUCAUUUCAGUCCAAUCUGGGCCAUAUUGUGUGAUUAGGGUAGGUUUAUAUGGCAGAAUUUUGCUGGAAUAUUCUGCACAGGCAUUCCUCUGCAGCAGAGUCCCAUUAAAUUCAAUGGGAUUCUGCUGCACUGUGUACACAGCUGAAUUUCCACGGCAAAUGUAUCCUGAUUCAUUCGUCCGCAGAAAGAAA